UAGUAUUUGCUUAUGCUUUUCGGUUGUUUAGUUUACGCAUGCGCAAAGAUUAAAACGCACACCGCGCGAUCAACAAAGAAAAUAAAGUGAAAAAACACUCGAUAAUAUGGCGUCACUUCCUAUGAACCCAAAGCCAUUUUUGAAUGGUCUUACAGGAAAACCAGUUUUAGUGAAGCUGAAGUGGGGCAUGGAGUACAAAGGUUACCUGGUUUCAGUAGAUGGUUAUAUGAACUUGCAGCUGGCAAACACUGAAGAGCUGAUUGAUGGAGCCCUUACCGGAAAUUUGGGAGAAGUUUUAAUCAGGUGUAAUAAUGUUUUGUAUGUACGAGGUGUAGAGGAAGAAGAUGAAGAAGGUGAAAUGAAAGAUUGAACAAACUGACAGUUUUAAGAAUGUAAAUAGUUAUGAAAAAAAGGUUUAUUUUAAUUCUCUGAAACUGGGAUCAAUUUUAUAA